AUGCCAGGCAUUCUACCAAGAGCCGAAGUUAUUAGCAAGGGUCCUAUGGGCAUGAAGAUGGCGACUGAUGUCCAGUCUGAUGCCAUGGUCGAAGGAGAUACCCACGAUGUCAAGAUGGGAGACUACCGCAAUGGCUAUGCGCAAACAAAUGGAGAUCAUGGGCUCAUGAAUGGGACCUAUGCAAAUGGUAUCCCCUCAAGUCCUAGCUCCAUUCAGCGCAAGACAUCCGCUGCGGUCGAGAAGCUUGUGGGCCAACUUCCUCCGGAGAUUGAGCAUGUAACGUUUGGUUACGUACCCUUCUCCUCCCUGAUAUCAAGGCUUGUUCAAGAAACCUUUAACGACCUUACCGACGUCAUCAAUGAUAUGUCGGACAUGCCAGUUCCUCAGCCUAGUCAAAGCGAGCCCCAUAACCAUAUCCACCAACAAUUAAAUGGUAACGGAGACACUUCGCAGGCUAAUGUGCAGAAGAAGCUGCGCGUGCUACAUUUCGCCAGCGAUCGGAGGGCGCAAUUCGUCAAGAUUUUAAUACUAUCUCGAUGGGCCCGACAAGUAGAGGCAGUGAGCAGGGUUAUUGACCUAAAUUUCUGGCUGAGCAACCAGAUAGGCCAAUACGAUGAGUGUUGUUCAUGGAUGGGAGAGCUAAAGCGAAGACUCAUACCACUCAGAGAGCCCAACCCUGAUAUCAAGACCGCUUUGGAGGUGCUUUCUCUUGGCAAAGCAUCGUGGCUACCUGAUCUCAGCUACCUACCUCCUGAGCCUUUAACCCCCCAAGAACUCGUCAAUGCCCUCCGGAGAAUCAACACCCUUCUCUCGAUCCGUUUAAACCUUCAAGAAAACAUACCACCAGUCUUUCGAGAUUACUCCAUUGCGUCUGGUCGAGCAACCUUCCACGUUGUGGACGAAUUUGAGGUCGACCUCUCUAUAGCCGAGGAAGAUGCCUCAUCACAGCUCUAUCUCAUUGACUUUCGCUUUGCAUUCUCGCCAAAACCUAUGGAGCUGCCGGCCGGUAGGCUGCGAAAUGAAAUUGAAGGCAGGGCCAACGACGUGCUCAAGCACGAUGGUCUGCAAGGCCUUUUUGAUUUCCUGCACAACCUCGUACUCACCCACAAGCUCCUUGUCUUGAGGAAUCAAGCGCACGAAAUGGUGAGGGGUCACUGGUCUGAAUAUUUACAAGUAGAGGCUGUGCAUCGAUCUGUUGUUUUGCAAUACUGGUCGAAUAGGCCAGGAGGCAAGAAUUGGAUCGAGAUUGGGCUCAAGCGUGGCAAAGAGGUUCGACUAUCCUACUCAUCAAGAAGCCAAAGGAUACCUCACAUUGCUUUGCGGUGGUUCCGCAAUGGCAAGGAGGUUGACAAUGUCACAGUUGAAAUAAGAUUGGGUGAACUGUCACUCUUAAACAUUGUUCAGGAAAUCAUCGCACUGCACACAAACUACAUCUUCCAGGAGAUGGCGGCCAAGUUGAACGAAUCGUCGUUGUAUUCGGGAGGUUUUAUGAGGUGCAAACGCAACUCAUCGAUGACAGAGCCUUUGAACGCAUCUUUGCUUGUACAGCUUACGACCUCGAAAGCCGUGAAAGUUGUUCAAGAGCCUGUGUCAGGCCGAUUUGCAGUACUACCAGCGUCUCAUUUGAACAGUCGCGCGGAACAUGAGCUAAAUCGUCUUGCAUCCCCUGCUACAGAAGGGGCUUCUCAAUUGGCGCAUCUCAGGUCAAUCGCAUCUCAGGAGGAAGUCGAUGCUAGUGCCCGCAGCAUGGGAUUGGAGCCCGUGCGAUCGUUGAACCCAGGCCAGGACACAAUGCAACGCCUCUUUCCAAAGAAUACCCAAAGAACCAAGUUCUUCAGAAGACAAGCUUGGAGUGCUAAUUGGAUCUUGGCGUUCACUACUGGCCUCGAAGGCGAUUCCUGGUGGAUUGUAGAGCUCCUAGACAAAGCAACAUUAAUUGAAUCGGCGACGUCGAACUCGGUAUCUGGACCCAGACUUCGAGCAGCGUACAAGGUCGCAGCUACGGACCCUCAGUCGCUUGUGACCGACCAGUCUUAUACUGCGCUUGCCCACAUUGAGCGAAACGCCGUAGGGAUGAUCUCUCAAUACUGCGAUACCCGUCAUCUCUCAGCCUCCAAAAUUCCACACAAAGUUCAUUUUUCAGCACCUAGCAGCACGGGAAUUCGGACACCGACCAUUUUGUUCCGUUUUCCUGGCGAGCGUGCUCCGUCUCUGUUAAGCACCCCUAGUGCUUCCAGCUUGCCAUGGGCCAAUGAGAUGGUUAAGCUCGAUUACCGAGGUCUUGAUUGCUCACACAAAUCCGCAAUCCACAUGAUUUCCGCCCGCAUGCAGAAACCUGUCUCCAACGUUAAGGACCUAGUAUUUGCCAUUCCUUCGAUAAUUUUCCACCCUACCUCUGGGGCUUUCACCUUCCAGGUUCUUGCGAAAGUUGGGGAGACCAACAUUCCCAACAUUACCCGCCGCCUGUCAGCAAUUGGCCUUCUGCUAGACUUUGUCUCCACCAUCCAGUCACAUAAACUUACCUUCCAACGUGCGUCUCUCACCCACAUUGAAUUUGUAUACAAUAAAAUCCCCAGUCCUUUGAAGGCAACCAUAUACUUCCCUCCUGACGGACCGAUGCGUGUCUCUCUCGCUAAACCUAAUCCACACCUCCGCAUCGUAGACUAUCUCACAGCUCGGCUAAAGCCCCAGGGUCUCGCAAGCGUUAUUGGCGUCAUGCGGAUGACACUCCCUGUUGUCCGCGCGCUAGCUGCAGUUGAGACUGUCCAUACAAAUGGCGGCGUCGCAGUCCUUACCCGCUCGGAGCAAUGGUAUCAGCUCCGCUACUCUGCGCCCUACCCCAAAGGUGGCUUCGACGUGCGUCUGCGGCAGAGAAGAGACGAACUCAUGUGGAUUGUGCCGGAAGAAAGCAUCAAGAAAGCGGAAACAGGCAAUGAAGCUUUCGAGGAAGGUCUGAAAGGUGCCUUGAGGGGCAAGGGGGAUGGAUGGAGAGGUAUGACAAAAGGAGGAAUAGUUGCCGAUCUCAAGGGGGUUGAGAAUUUAAUUGCGAGGAUGGAUGAGAUUUUCAGCACUGAUGGGCACACGCCCGGUGAGUCAAACCUGAGAAAGAGGAAGGCCGAAGGGGACGUUGUGGAAAUCGACUGA